CGCCAUUUUGUGUUUCUGCGCCGGGUAUUUAUUACAAGAGUCGUGACUACUCAGUUUACGCUCGUAUCUGAUGUUAACACUACAUGGUUCCUGGAAUUCUUAGUUUUGCAUUUUAAGAUUGUGGGUUUCAGUAAGCUUCGCGAAGGGCUAUUUUUGAAUCGUCAUCAAUAAUCAGUUUUGCAUAUUUAAGUUAGUUUAUUUUAUUUUUAUACCGUGCCAGAAAGAAUGUCGGCCCAAAGCCCCGAAUACUCCUCGUUCUUCGCAGUGAUGGGUGCCUCUUCGGCUAUGGUGUUCAGCGCCCUAGGAGCAGCUUAUGGCACAGCUAAAAGCGGCACAGGGAUUGCAGCCAUGUCCGUGAUGAGGCCAGAGCUCAUCAUGAAGUCAAUCAUCCCCGUGGUCAUGGCGGGUAUCAUAGCCAUCUACGGCCUGGUAGUAGCAGUGUUGAUUGCCAACGGUAUCUCAAAUAACAUCAACCUCUACAAGAGUUUCCUCUACCUGGGAGCUGGACUGAGCGUGGGCCUGAGUGGGUUGGCAGCAGGCUUCGCAAUUGGCAUUGUGGGCGACGCAGGCGUGAGGGGUACAGCUCAACAGCCAAGGCUUUUUGUGGGAAUGAUCCUCAUCUUGAUUUUCGCUGAAGUCUUGGGUCUCUAUGGGCUCAUUGUUGCCCUCAUUCUCUCCACGAAAUAAAACAGCAAAAACAUGUCCACAAGAUCAAUCCUGUAUGUUGCUGCUGGAGAAAAAGUGUAAAAUGGGGGAAAAAUAGUAAGAUUUCUGCCACACAAGAUGAAAGAAGUGAAGGCAGGAAAAAAGAAUUAAAACGGCUCCAUUAAUAUGGUCUUAUCUCAACAGUGUGUACAGUUGUCCCAAUUUGAUAGUUCACUUGUAAAUGCGCAAUGUAGUGAUUUGUCUGUCGUGUGUGUGUUCAAACAUUGUAUGAUAAUUCCUUCUCUUUUUCCCUCCACUUAUUUCGGGCCUUGAGGCCAGCUGAGGCAGCUUGGCCUCUGGUCUAAGAGAGCUGACCAAAGGGCCACACAGUAAAUCCUCCACCAAUAUCAACUUGGAGGUUGACACAAUUUCUGCAUUAAGCUUGAGGAUCAGUUUGUAAAGAGAAAUGUGUAUGGACUCAAUUUCUUCCACUGAUUUUUAUUUAUAAGAAAUUGUUCAUUGAACUGUCUAAUGCAGUCUUUAAAUCCCUAGAAUAUAUUAUACAUACAUAAGGACCUAUUUAGACUUAAUGCACUGUGGGUUAAUUGUCAUAAGUGGUUGGAGUAUAAUUUUUGGUUAAUUAUUAAGGUUGCCUUUAGUAUGUUGCUGGUGGAGUGGGAGUUUUGUGUGUAGCUGUAUUCUGAUCAUUACGCAAACAUUCACAAACAUCAGUGUUUUUCCUGUAGUACUGCUGUUUGCAUUAAAGGUGUGUCUGUGCGCCCCGUGUUGGGUCUCACAAGUGUAAUUUCCAAAAUUCAUCUUUUGCAAUCCCCUGCCCCCUCAUUUGUGGUUGUACUUAAUCUCUUUCACAUUCCAGCCAUUAAAAUCCUGCAUGGGUUUCA